AUGGUUACUGAGUCGGCUAAGGACAACAAGCAGGCCGAGUUAUCACAGACGAGAGGCAUAUUGGCGCCUCUCCUCACUGGUCAGACGUUGCAAGUGGUGACCGCCCAGAUGCCGGAGAGAUAUGAUGGAGUCUCCGACCUAAGGAUCUGGUUCCGAAGGUUCGAGGCAGAUGCCAGGGCGGCCGGUUGGAAUGAGCACAUGAUGGCCGAGAGAUUGGGUAGCUUCUUCAGGGAUUCCUAUUUUGACACUUGGGACGAGAACGCUGGCAAGAAGGACUUCGCUGCUGAUCGGGAGAUGAUGUUACAACUCUUUGACCUGAUUCGUCCCGACGAGGCCUUGGAGAAGUUCCACGCCUUAUCUUGGGACGGGAAGGGUCAUGUCAGUCAGUUCAUGGCCAUCUUGAAGCGGGCCCUGGAGGAGUAUGACAAGAUGUUACCGGCGGAGGAGAAGCUUCCCCCUUUGGUUAAGAGUCGUAUGUUGUUGGAUCGGCUUAUUGCCUGUGCCCCGGAGGGGGCCAGGCCGGUUCUAAGAAGACGUCGACCUAAGGGUAUAACUGAGGUCUGCCAGAUUAUAGAAGAUUACAGAGGAAAGCAGUCUCGGACGGCCAAGCAUGCUGCGGCGGCUGUGUCCAAGGAUGAGCAUGCGUGCCCCGGGGCGGUGGCACAACCUUCCCCAGACAAGGACAAGCAGUUGGCUUCGCUUAUCGAAUCACAGACUAAGGCGAUCAACGCUAUGCAUACUUCGCAGAAUGCCCUGCUUAGGUCCCUGAAGGACAUCCUCAAGGCUCAACAAGAUCCUGGUCGUAAGGAUAAGGACAUGCGUGCAGGACCCACGCAGCCCAGGAGACAGCUGAUGCCGUGCGGGAUCUGUGAGGGGAAGCAUGCAUCCUAUAACUGUCUUCAUAAGAGGUGCAGUGAGGGUUGCUUCAUCUGUGGUUCUAAGGCACACUUGUCCCGCUCGUGUCCUGAGCGCCCCGCUCUGCUGGAGAGGAUUAAGAAGGGUGUGACGCCGGAACAGGGAAAUUAG